AUUCUGGAUGACAUUUUUGAUCAAGUAGAAACGUAAGCAUGUAAAACGCUAGAUAACACAAUAUCCACGUGUCACGUAUCUUUUUCGCCGGAAAAUCCUCCGGCUUUAAUGGCUCCAGUAUCUCUCAUUAUAACCGCCACGAAGCUCGCCGGAGUUCUAGCAUCCAUCACCGUCGCCGCUAACGCCUUCUCCUUCUCCCGUUACCGGAAAAGAAAUCUCGCUCCGUUUGACUCUCCGAUCGACGAAACUUCCGAUACUCUCGCUAUCUUUAACGUCAAUUGCUCCGAUUCCGAUGACGAAGAGGAGGAAGAUUUCUUUUUCGGAUUGGCAACAGCACCAGCACAUGUUGAAGACAGGCUCAAUGACGCUUGGCUUCAGUUUGCACAAGACGAUUCUGUCAAUACACAAGAUUCUACCGCAGAGGGUAAAACAACCGAUGCAAUCAUGGGUUCUGCAGCUGGUGAUGGUGGAUCCCAGCAAGCUCCCACACCAUUAAAGAAAAAGAAGCCUCUUAGGGUAGCAAUGGAAGCCAAAAUUAGAGGGCUUGUGAAAUAUAUUGAAGAGGAAAUAUCCACACCUAGUGAAGAAGAACCGCAUAAUGUAGCUGCAUGGCACAACGUUCCAAACCCGGAGGAAAGAUUAAGGUUUUGGUCUGAUCCUGAUACGGAAUUAAAGUUGGCUAGAGAUACUGGUGUUAAGGUCUUCAGAAUGGGCGUAGAUUGGACCAGAAUUAUGCCGAAGGAACCGGUCAAUGGUCUUAAAGAAUCAAUUAAUUAUGCAGCACUGGAGCGGUAUAGAUGGAUCAUCAGUAGAGUUCAAUAUUAUAAUAUGAAGGUUAUGCUAACUUUGUUCCAUCACUCACUACCUCCAUGGGCCGGAGAUUAUGGGGGAUGGAAGUUAGAGAAAACCGUAAACUAUUUUAUGGACUUUACUAGGGUGGUUGUUGACAAUUUUUUUGAGCUCGUGGACUAUUGGGUCACGUUUAACGAGCCUCAUGUUUUCUGUAUGUUGACUUACUGUGCUGGUUCUUGGCCUGGCGGUCAUCCUGACAUGUUGGAGGCUGCUACUUCUGCUCUACCGACUGGCGUUUUUAAUCAGUCUAUGCAUUGGAUUGCUGUUGCUCAUUGUCAGGCGUAUGAUUACAUCCAUGAACAAAGUGUAUUGUUAAACCCGAUAGUGGGAGUUGCCCACCAUGUUUCUUUCAUGCGCCCGUAUGGCCUCUUUGAUAUUGCUGCGGUUUCACUGGGUAACUCUUUGAGUCUUUUUCCUUUUAUGGAUGAUAUAUCUCAUAAAGUGGACUUCAUCGGAAUAAAUUACUAUGGUCAGGAAGUAGUCUGCGGUGCUGGACUAAAAUUAGUUGAGAAUGACGAAUACAGUGAAUCGGGACGUGGAGUAUAUCCAGAUGGCUUGUUUCGAGCUUUGUUGCACUAUCAUGAAAGAUACAAACACCUUAAAAUUCCUUUUAUUAUCACUGAAAAUGGUGUCUCUGAUGAGACAGAUUUGAUAAGGAAACCGUACAUAUUAGAACAUCUACUUGCAAUUUAUGGAGCCAUGAUGAUGGGUGUUCGAGUGCUCGGGUACUUUUUUUGGACCAUUUCCGACAACUGGGAGUGGGCAGAUGGAUAUGGCCCCAAGUUUGGGCUUGUGGCAGUCGAUCGUUUCAAUGAUCUUGCACGGGUCCCACGUCCAUCAUACCAUCUGUUCUCAAAGGUAGUUACUUCUGGUAAAGUUACACGGGAAGACAGAAACAAAGCGUGGAAUGAACUUCAGAAAGCCGCACGAGAGAAGAAAACAAGACCUUUUUACCGUGCAACAAACAAACACGGGUUAAUGUAUGCAGGAGGCCUUGAUGAACCAAUUUGGCGAGCAUAUGUCGAACGGGAUUGGCGGUUUGGACAUUACGAGAUGGACGGACUACAAGACCCGAUUAGCCGAUUUUCAAGAUUUAUCACCCGACUUCUUCCCUUCAGGAGGAAGAAAGGUGAAGAAGACCUGGAGGAGUACAGUGAACCAUUGGUGCAGACAGUUUAUGCAAACUGAAAAUAUAGACUUUGAAUAUAUGACCUCGAUUUAUCUAAACUAAAUAUAUAUUAUUGUUUUGGUCAAAAAUCAAGCUAAGGAUAAUGUAAUCAAAUCUGAUUUUAUGAGGUAGUGUGCUUGAAUGAUAAACAGGUGUAUGAUCAAAUAUGAAAUGUAGAGAAUGAUGAAACACGAUGAUGUGUACGAGGAAAAAGCCCUUGAUCUUUUAUGGAUCUCCGGCACAAAAAACCUCGGAUAGUGAAAACUGAGUUCUAAAUUACAACUUCGGAUGA